CCGGUCACGUGACCGAGUUCAUUUUACUCCGCGAGAUAGUUUUUGAAGCUGCUCUCGUGACGUGUUGCAAGAACUUCAUACCCGAAAGUGUAAAAUGUCCUCGUCGGAAUUUUAGCCUGCCUCUUUCAAAAAAAAAAAAAAAAAGAGAAAGAAAAACACAUCUCGUCCAGCCAGUUUUUCAAGUUUGCGCCGAGUCUUCAGUCAGCCAGGUAGAGAGAGAGAGAGAGAAAGAGAGAGAGAGAAAGAGAAAGAGAGAGACCCAGAGACAGAGAGGGAGAAGUCGGUUUGAAACGGACGGACGCGGUGGACAGCAAUGAACCAUUAAUCACCGAAUUUUUGGUCUACGGACGUUAAAAGAAUUCGUCUGAGAAAAGCGUGCAACCAUUCAAGAUGAGUCGCCCACGUGUGGACUCUGAGGACUCCCUGACGCCCGAUGAUGAGGUGAUGCCAUACAGUGAUGACGAGACUGAUGACGAAUUAGAGCCUGAGGAUGAAGAAGUGCAGCCGAGCGUCCCCGCGCCAGAACCUGAAGCUGGAUGGAAGGUCAAAGCGAAUGACAGAGAUUUCUGCAAUCUUCCCGAAUUUAAGAAGAAGACGUUCUUGUGCUUCAAGAAGAGCAAGUACUCUGGAAAUGCAAUCAAGACCUAUAAGUACAAUGUCAUCACCUUCCUGCCUCUGAACCUAUUUGAGCAGUUUAAAAGAGCAGCCAACUUCUACUUCCUCGUCUUGCUGAUCCUGCAGAUCAUCCCGCAAAUCUCCACGCUGCCCUGGUACACCACAUUGGUGCCCCUGGUGUUGGUGCUUGGCAUCACUGCCAUCAAAGAUCUGAUGGAUGACCUGGCUCGCCACAGGUUGGACAAAGAGAUCAACAACAGAAAGUGUGAGGUGCUCCUCAAUGGCAGUUUUCAGGAAGCCAAGUGGAUGGACAUUCAAGUUGGUGAUGUGGUCCGAUUAAAGAAAAAUGACUUCAUUCCCGCUGACAUUUUGUUAUUGUCCAGCUCUGAUCCGAACAGCCUGUGUUAUGUAGAGACAGCAGAACUGGAUGGAGAGACCAAUCUGAAGUUUAAGAUGGGUUUGAAGGUGACCCAUGAGAGGCUGCAGGAGGAGAGUCAGCUGGCGAAUUUUGAUGCCAUGAUUAUUUGCGAGGAACCAAAUAACCGCUUGGAUAAGUUCACAGGCACUAUGAAGUGGCAGAAGGAUGCAUACCCACUAGAACUGGACAACAUGCUGCUCAGAGGCUGCAAAGUCCGCAACACGGAGGAGUGCCGCGGACUCGUUAUAUUUGCAGGAGCGGACACUAAGAUUAUGAGGAAUGGUGGAAAGACCAGGUUCAAACGCACCAAGAUAGAUUACCUUAUGAAUUACAUGGUGUACACGAUCUUUGUGAUGCUAAUCCUGAUCUGUGCCGGCCUGGCGAUCGGGCACACGUUCUGGUACGAGGACAUCGGCAGUAAGGCCUGGUAUCUGUACGAUGGCCAAAACCAGGCGUCGUCCUACAGAGGCUUCCUCACCUUCUGGGGCUACAUCAUCGUCCUCAACACUAUGGUGCCCAUCUCACUCUACGUUAGUGUGGAGGUGAUUCGUCUGGGUCAGAGUAAGUUCAUAAACUGGGAUCUGCAGAUGUACUACGCUGAGAAGGACACUCCAGCCAAGGCUCGAACCACCACCUUGAACGAGCAGCUCGGCCAGAUCGAGUACAUCUUCUCGGACAAGACGGGCACUCUCACGCAAAACAUCAUGGCCUUCAAGAAGUGCUCCAUCAGCGGGCGCACAUACGGAAAUCCGACAAAUAACGACGGGAUGACCGUGGACCGUACAAAUCCUGUUGACUUCAGCUGGAACAAGCACACCGACAGAAAGUUCCAGUUCUUUGACCAUCAGCUCGUUUCCCUCAUCCGCUCAAAAAAAGACUCGGACAUGCUGGAGUUCUUCAAGCUGCUCUCACUCUGCCACACUGUUAUGGUGGAGCAGAAGGAUGGUGAUCUGGUGUACCAGGCUGCAUCUCCAGAUGAAGGUGCUUUGGUCACAGCGGCGCGCUGUUUUGGCUUUGUGUUCCUGUCACGCACGCAGGACACCAUCACGAUCAGUGAGAUGGGAACGGAGACCACAUACGAGAUGCUCGCUCUCCUCGACUUCAACAGCGACCGAAAGCGCAUGUCUGUCAUCUUGAGGUUUCCAGAUGGACGUAUCCGUCUGUAUUGUAAGGGAGCCGACACAGUGAUCUACCAGCGCCUCAGUCCUAACUCCCAACACAGUGACAGCACAGAGGAGGCCCUGGGUAUUUUUGCCAAUGAGACUCUGCGCACGUUGUGUCUGUGUUAUAAAGACAUCAGCAAUGAUGAGUUUAACUUGUGGGCUUCUAAACACAAGGAGGCCAGCGUGGCCAUGAUCAACCGGGACGAGGCUCUGGAUGCCGUCUACGAACUCAUCGAGACAAACCUGAUGCUGAUUGGAGCGACAGCCAUUGAAGACAAGCUUCAAGAUGGAGUUCCUGAGACCAUCGCCAACCUGGCCAAGGCUGAGAUCAAAAUUUGGGUUCUUACUGGGGACAAGAAAGAGACCGCUGAGAACAUUGGAUAUUCUUGUGAGCUGCUGACAGAUGACAUGACUAUUCACUAUGGAGAGGACGUAAAUCAGAAGUUGUCAGCCAGACAGGCAAACCGGAGGAACGAGGCAGGAGCGGCGCGCAAGAACAAGACACAGGAGCCAUUUUUCCCCGAACCUGGCAAGAAUGCUCUCAUCAUCACUGGAGGUUGGCUGAAUGAGAUUCUGUAUGAGAAGAAGAAGAAGCGCCGUCGUCUGCGUCUGCGUCGUCUCGGGAAGCGCGUCCCCCCCGCCACCCCUCAGGACGGCCAACCCAUCAACGACCGGGAGAAGGAGAUGAGGCAGCGUGACUUUGUGGACAUGGCCUGUGAGUGCAGCGCUGUCAUCUGCUGCCGUGUCACCCCCAAACAGAAGGCCAACGUGGUGAGCCUGGUGAAGCGCUACAAGAAGGCCGUCACUCUGUCCAUCGGCGACGGAGCCAACGACGUCAACAUGAUAAAGACUGCAGACAUCGGCGUGGGCAUCAGCGGGCAGGAAGGCAUGCAGGCAGUGAUGUCCAGUGACUAUGCUCUCGCUCAGUUCCGCUACCUCCAGCGCCUCCUGCUGGUGCACGGCCGCUGGUCCUACAUCCGCAUGUGCAAGUUCUUGCGCUUCUUCUUUUACAAGAACUUUGCCUUCACCCUGGUUCACUUCUGGUACUCCUUCUUCAGUGGAUACUCUGCACAGAUUGCCUAUGAAGACUGGUUCAUCACCCUUUACAACGUGUUGUAUAGCAGUUUACCCGUCCUCCUUGUUGGGUUGCUGGAUCAGGACGUGAACGACAAAUUGAGUUUGCGCUUUCCGAGGUUGUAUCUUCCGGGUCAGCAAGGGUCGCUGUUUAAUUACAAGAACUUCUUCAUCAGCCUCUUUCAUGGCAUCUUCACGUCCCUCAUCAUCUUCUUCAUCCCAUAUGGAGCUUUUCUGCAGACGAUGGGUCAGGACGGAGAGGCGCCGUCUGAUUACCAGUCCUUCGCUGUGGUCACUGCAUCCUCACUUAUCAUGAUAGUCAACCUGCAGAUCUCCUUGGACACCUCGUACUGGACGUUUGUGAACUGCUUUGCUGUGUUGGGCAGUAUAGCCAUUUACUUCGGCAUCAUGUUCGAUAUACAGAGUGCAGGAAUACACGUCAUCUUCCCAUCAUCCUUCAAAUUCACUGGUGUUGCCGCUAAUGCACUUCGCCAGCCGUACCUGUGGCUCACCAUCAUUCUAACGGUGGGAAUCAGCCUCCUGCCAGCCAUCUGUACCCAGUUCCUCUGUAAGACCAUCUGGCCCACUGUUGGAGACAAGGUUCUUAGAAGCAGGAAGAAGUACGAGAUGGAGGAAGAGGAGAAGAAGAGGGUUCCUACUUUGCAACGUGGUGCUCGCUCACGCCGCUCUGCGUAUGCCUUCUCUCACUCCCGAGGUUACGCCGACCUCAUCUCUUCAGGCCGGAGUAUCCGCCAGAAGCCACGGAGGCGCCCGGAUCUUAGGGAUAGCAUCCGGGAGGAACCCAUAGCCGAAACCUUAUGAGACAUUUGACCUUGAGAUAUUUGGACAGGCAGGAACAAUGAAAUAUUUCUCCCUAUUUUAUAUAUGCAGCCUGAUUGUGGAAUCAAAAUGUUUAAGGAAACACUCAUUCAGCUUGGUUUUAAUUUCGAAAGCUAAAUGGGCGUGACGCAUGACACAUUUUGUCACCUGCCAUCUGAAGAGAUUCCAGGUUGUUUUCCAUUUUGGCUCUUAAACUGCUGGUCCUGGUACCACUUGAUCUGCUUCCUUCUUUCCAUUGAAAAUGAAACCGAGCCCAGGGGAAAGGGAGUAGGGAAGGACACUUAGGGACUUGAACUCUAUACAGCAUGAUUUGAAAUAGCUAUAAAAGAGCAGAAUGAGCCAAUGAGAACGUUUACACAAAGGGUAGUGAGCGAGACUUUCUCCCACUCCCCAAAAAAAACCAGCACUGGUUUUAAAAAGAGUACACUGUGCAUGACAAACUAGAUAUCUCAGGAUUUUAUCUUUCCACUAUUUUAGAAGGUGCAUUAUAUAGGAAUUUAAUUCAUUACAAAAUAAAGAUAAAAAAGGUAAUUGCUUAAAAACACAAGGGUAACUAUUCAGUUGGUACAUUUAAUAGGAUUAAAAUGCAAAAAUUCAGUCUGCUCAUUUCGUUAUCACUAAAAAGUAGCUUCAUAUUUCCUGACUUCACAUAUUUAUGCCAGAAUUGUAAAUAUUGAUGUAAAAAUCAAACAUAUUAUACAUGAAAAGAGCCAUUAUCCUUGUUCCACGAAUAUAAUUAUAUAUUGUUACAAAAUCCACUAACACACAGACUAUAGGAUAAAAUUUUGUACUGUGGAAAUGUUUCUACAUAAUGCACCUUUAAAAGCUUAUUUAAUGCCCUGAUCUCAGCCUCGUACACCUUAACCAAGGUCAUGUUCUGUUUCUUUCUCAGUUGUAACGUAAUGACCUGCAGCUUCAUCGGGCAGAGAAGGAGCUCACGAUAUAAUGUCUCUUAAUUUAUAUACAUUUGUGAAUAUUUUUCAUCUAUCACAUGACUCUCGACUGUAAGGCUUUAAUCUUUACCAUAUUAAUGACUUCGCUCUGCAUGAUGGAUUAUGCUCAAGCACACUUUAUUUUUGCAUUAAGGGAUGACUGGGUGUAUGUGGGAUGCCUUCCAGGUGGAGAACUUCUGAUCAUGUUUACACUAAUCUUACUACUUUUGCACUUCCGUCUCCUCUAGCUGAGAAGAUCAGCUCUGAUCAGAAUGGUAUCAUUUUCUUUGCACACUAUGACUAGUGUUUGUCAUUUUCUUUCCUUCAUGUUUGUUUUGUGUCAAACAUUUCCCUUACUUUAGAGCCCACAAUUCUCUUUAUGAACAACAGUUUAUUCGGAUCCAGGUAGGAAUAUCAAUACAUUGGUAAUGGAAUUUGUUAGUUGAGAAAAGUGUCUAUUUUUAACAAAACAAAAAAAAAAGAACUGUUACAUAUUUAAACUCAAUCUGCCAUAACGGAUGAUUAUUUGUUCUGUGUCUUUUUAACACUGCUGUUUUCUGAACGGGUGCCUGAAUGGCCAGCAAUGCCAGUGCCGUAUGCUUAAAAGGAAAAAACUACAUUUUACAGAAUGUUGUUUUUAAUGUAUUGUAAUAUACUUUGUACAAAUAACUAUAAAUAAAGGUGUACAAAUAACUGUUAAUUUGUUUGAGGAUUGUGUUGCAUCCCAGAAUGAGAAUAAAAAGUUAGCAUACUGUA